UCGGUGUUUAAACUCAACAGUUUCUCAGCAGAAAGCGAACAGCGUCGCCUCCUCCUCAUCCUCCUCCUCUUCCCCCUCCUUCAUCCUCCGUGCAUCCAUCCAUCCUCCUCCUCCUCCGUUCCUCCUCUCCAUGCCGGCGGAGGUCUCCGCGGGGCUGCCAUGGCGAAGAUCCGGGUGUCGUACGAGUACUCCGAGGCCGAGGACAAGAGCAUCCGGCUGGGCUUGUUCCUGAUCGCCUGCGGGAUCCUCAGCCUCUUCAUCCUGGGCUUCUGCUGGCUCAGCCCGACCCUGCAGAGCCUCCAGAGCAAGCCGGCCAACUGCACGGUGGUGUCGGUGUUGCGUCCAGAGGAGAUGUUCGAGUGCGUGUUCACGUGCGGAGCGGAUUGCAAGGGGACGUCUCUCUACCCCUGCCUGCAGAUCUUUGUCAACAACUCCGAGUCCAACUCUGUGGCGCUGCUGCACUUCGACGAGCAGCAGCUGGUCCUCAACCCGAAGUGUUCGUACGUUCCUCCCUGUGAGAGGGACAACCAGAAGAACCGAGACAGCGUUCUGUGGUGGGAGGAUUACUUCACCAAAGAGGUCAACAGCCAGUCGUUCACCUGCUUCUUCAACCAGCAGAGGAGGCCCGAUGACGUGUUGUGGCGCCGUUCCCAUGACACCAGCGUCUUGCUGCACUGCGUUCUCUGGCCAAUGGUGUCCCUCCUUCUGGGCACACUCAUCGUGCUCCUGACGGUGUGCGCUCGCUCCCUGGCCGUUCGAGCCGAGGCCCUCCAGAAGAGGAAGUGCUCCUAUGAGGUUUGCCACGACCUGUCCGCCGUGCCACCUGACCGCUGCGGCAGCAAGGCCGGAGACCCACUCACGACGAACUCUGACCCUGAGCUGUCAUCGCCUUCAAGGACCCUGCCGUUGUUUGCGGUGCCAGUGCGGCGCCGAGACCGAGAACACUAGGGCUGAGCAGAAAGAUGUUUUUGUGGCAUGAAAUCACUGAGGAUGUCAAUGAGCCGGUGGGCGAAGUCAGGUACCUGCCAAGGAUGCCACCAACAACCCACUGCUGUCCGGAUUGGUUGGUAUGAUCAGAAAGUUUGAAUGAGGGGAAGAUGAGGGAAAAUCCACCCUGUUGCCUAUAGAUUUCAGCAGGAAGACUGUAAAAAAAUUGAGCCCUUUUCCUGAGUUUAGCUUAAACUGGAUCAUGGAACUCUCUGAUAAUGCUAAGCUGAAUCUUCUGAGUGGUACUGAAAGGCUGCUUAAAUGAGACUAACUGGUGUUGGGUACUGAUGGCUGGUUCUACUUUGGAUCUGGUUUCUACUCAUCAAAAAACCCAGACUCAUGAAGUUGUGGGGCUAAUGAGCCUCCCAUUAAAGCUUUUAUCUGUUAUACUAGUUGACUAAUCAUUUCAGCUCACAUGAGAGCUCCAAUAUUUUGUUUAGGUCAUUUGAUCUGCUGUAAACGUUGGUAAGUUCCAGCUCUUAUAAUCAAUAUCCACCAAUGAUCUUUCAGAACAUUUUUGCAGACAGUCCAUCAAAAUUAAUUAGGAGAGUUUUUAUUAAGUUUUCAUUUGUGUUUCUGGCUUCAUGCCCAGCAGCAGUAUGAUC